AUGAGCACCACUUCAGACAUCUUUCCUCCUCCUCCAACACUGCACCUCUAUCAGAAGGAGUUGUAUGAUCAGGUGCUGUAUAAAGAUAGUAUUAUAUUUCUCCCUACUGGAGCCGGGAAAACCAUUAUUGCUGGUGCAGUGGCUGCUCACAUGAUAUCUACAUUCCCUGAGAAAAAAGUGGUAUUUAUUGUCCAUCGCGUCCCACUGGUUCAACAACAGGCGGAUGCCUUACAACGAGUACUGCAGAAUAAAGUGGAAACCGUUUCGGGUCAUAAAAAGUCUGUGGAAAGUUGGUACAAAUUCACCCGUUCUGGUUCCUCCGCAUUGGUUAUUAUUGACUCUGUGUUUUAUCAUUGGGUUAUGGAGUCUCCGAGAGAAAUUAAGGGAGAAAUCAGUUUAAUUAUAUUUGAUGAGAUACAUAAUGCCUCAGGGGGAUAUUUUCGUUCUUUGUUGGAUGAAAUACAUAGAUGGAAAUCAGGGAAUCUUCCCACAACAUCUGUGAAUGUAGAGGAUGAGGAUUCUCUGGGUAUGCAACUUCCGCAAAUUAUUGGUCUCACCGCUUCUCCAAUUACAUCUUUCACGAAUGAAAAAUCUCUACGUGAACUUCUUGAAGUAUCGCAAUGUCAAAUCGUACGUGUGAAAGAAGCCGUAUCUGAUCUACAACGACAUGUUCCCAAUCCUCUGACACUGGCCUUGGAAUACCGACUUUCACAAGAUGAGGAGAAAUUUCAGAUAUAUCUAUACAAAAUUGCUUCUAUGGUGGUACACGAUCCACAAGUGGUAAAUAAUAAAACUCUAAAAAAGCUAUCAAACUUUCAUGUUGGUACACCAGGAUAUAUGAACAUCUGUGAGCAAUUGAGAUUGGAGAGUUUGAAAGGUCGAGAUGAGUCCUCCUGUUUCUUUACUCGUGGAAUUUUGACUUUUCUCUUAUCUCUCUCACGGGCUCUUAACAUAUUGGAUCAUGCUUCGCUUCAAGAAGCCUACAAAACCGCCAUGAACGCCGAAGUUUUGGGGCUUAUGGAAAAAAGCGCGUUACUGGCAGAAGUACUUCUUCCUUUUCUUGAGGGAAUCAUUGAUCUCAUUAAACCAUUUCAGAAUCCUUCUACAGGUGAUAACAUGAGGGAUAAUAAUAAUAAUAAUAAUAAUAAUAAUAAUAAUAAUAAUAAUAAUAAUAAUAAUAAUAAUAAUAAUAAUCAGAUGCAAUCUUCCGUGUUUAAUAUGUCCUCUCGUAUGCGGUUUCUCCUGCAGAUUCUGGAAUGGUUUGCUGAAAGUAUGAGAGCUAAUGAAGUUUUGGUACGAGGAAUUGUGUUUUGCGAUACUCGGGCUGCAGUAUGUCGUAUUACGAAAGCACUUCAAUCUAAUGAAAAAUUAAAAAAAUACUUUUGUCCGAAAGAAGUUAUUGGUAAAUCAAAGAUACUUUUAGAUGGUGAAAACAUUCACAUGACGGAAGCCGAGCAGAAGCGCAGAUUAAAAGAAUUUAAUGCAGGGGAAGUGAAGUUAAUCAUCGCCACUUCGGUAGUAGAGGAGGGACUAGAUAUCUCCGAAUGCAAUUUUGUUAUUCGCUAUGAUUCUUGUUUAACACUUCGAAGUUUUAUUCAAAGUCGUGGUCGCGCACGAAACCCAAAUGCCGUUUUCAUCGUUAUGGAAAACGCCCAUCAGCGAUUAAAGGUGGCUUCUGUGGUGGAGAAGGCCAUACGAUUGCAGGAGGAACUUGUGGACAAAGUUGAGGCGGAGUGUGAAGCGAAGGAAGAAGACGGCAAAUCAUGGGAACGGUGUCCACAGUGGUGGGUGAAUCGUUUUAUUGCACGCACGAACUCUAAACUUUUAAAAACGGAAACGCAUCAACAAUCCAACGGGCCGUGGUUGUGUAAAUUAAGUUUAACACUCCCCCAAAGUAAUAAAGAAACAGAUAACAGUGAUUCUACCAUUGAAGCAUUUGGAAAAGGAAACCUUGUAAAGGCACGUCAAGCGGCAUACUUGCAGUUGUGUGGGGAAUUGAUUGAUGCUGGAUACUUGAAGGAGGCGGGGGAAGAGGGGAUUAUUCCAAAUACGGUUUCUGCACCUCUGCGCUUUCUCUCAAGUGGUUUGUGUAUUUGCCGCACAGACUCUCUCUCAGCGGAGGAGGUGAGGAAAAACUACGCCCCAAAUGCUGUGAAGGUCACUUCAUACAAUGCAAGUGAUUGGAAUCCGGAUUGUCCAUCAAGACUGUUGUACGCAGAGUUGCGUCGUCGUCGCCUACCAUUAUAUGAAGUCAGCGCAGGUACGAAUAAUAAUAUAAUGAAGAUUACAAUAAAGGUUUACAGACGUGCAGAUAGUGGGGAUUUGGAAUCUCAGUCUUUCUCAGACGAAGGAGAUGAUGCCUUGGAGAAGGCCGCGCUUCAAGCCCUAAAUUACGUCGGUGUUAUUUGCUUGAAGGGAGAGUUUAAAUUAUAA